CCCAGGAAAUGGAGAUUUAGCCAAGAACCUCUCUCUAGUCUGUAUAAAAGGCCAGCGGCGCAAAACUUGUCCCCCAAACAAGCGAAGCCCAUCCUCCGAUCCCCGAGCAGAAUUAAACCUCACCUAACCCCUCCCAUGGCCGAUCACGCCCUCGCCGGCGAGCACCACCCCUCGCCGGCGAGCUCGGCCGCCACGGCCCUGGGCCCGCUGCUGCUUCUCCCGUCGGAGCUCCUGCACGAGAUCCUCCUCCGCCUGGCCGUCCCGGAGCUCCUCCGCGUGCGCUCCGUGGCGCGCCCGCUCUCCAGCCUCAUCUCGUCCCCGGACUUCCGCCGCCUCUACCACCUCUCCUCGGCGUCGUCGGGGUCCGGCCCGGCCGCCGCGUGGCUGCUCCUCUUCAAGAAGCUCCCGCCCCGCGACGCCGCCAUCCGGGGCUUCCACGGGCCCUCGGGCCGCUGGUUCCGCAUCCCGGUCUCGGCCAUCCUCGCCCCCGCCGUGCCGCCCGGCGAGGACCUCUACUUCCUGGCCGCCUCCGGCAGCUCCUUCCUGUUCGCCGCCAACGGCCGGCGCGAGCUCGUGGUGGUCGACCUCACCGCGCGCGCCGCGCGCCGGCUCCCGCCGUCCCCGCUCGGGCCGCGGGGCACCUCCUCCUGGCGCCGCUUCGGCCUCAAGCUCGUCGCCGAUCCCCCCGGAUCGAACCGGUUUAGGUUUCUGUUCGCUGAGCUGGUGAACAACACGCCAUUCCUGUUCGAGUACCGGUCGGAGACGGACACGUGGCAGCAAACGGAGGCGGUCCUGGCGGAGGGGAGCUCGCCGGCGUCCCCCGGCGGGACGUACCUCUGCGCGGCGCACGCCGGGCCGGACUGCGUCAUGGUGUACGCCGGCCCGGGCGCGGGCGACCGGCCGGUCUUCUUCCGCCCCCGGUUCCCGAACGCCGCCGCGGGGGCGGGGCACGGGGACCGGCUGCACGUGUACGGCGACGGGAGCGCGGCGGUGGUGCGGUCGGCGGCGGUGGAGGACCCGGCGGGGCGGGCCCGGGCGAAGGUGGUGACGGGCGUGGAGCUGUACGGGUUCGCGGGCGUGGGCGGCGACUGGGAGCUGGUGGGCAGCGUCCCCGGCGAGCUGGUGGAGGGGUUCCGGAAGCCGUACGGCGUGAUGACGGGCCUGCUGGCGGAGCGGGAGGGCGUGGUCCGGCUGGUGCUCAUCUCCAACUGCCGCGGCGCGUGGGACCUGGUGUGGCUGUCGUACGACCGCGCGCGCGGCGGGGGGUGGCGCUGGGUGCCCGUGCCGGACUGGGGCCGCAGCAAGGGCCUCAACAUGGCCGGCAUCGCCGUCUCCUCCACCUUCUCCCGCCUCUGGCCGCCGGCGUCCACCAGCUGCGGCGCCCGCCAGUGAGCAUCGAUGGAUGGGCCGGGGGGUCCGUCCCGUCCGCGCGUGCUGCACAUACAGCCAAGUGUGUCCAAGGCGGCCCGGCCGUGUCCCCCCAGUCCCCACGCCACGCUUCGUUUCCAUGCGGGGUGGGGCCGCGGCAUGAUCGCGCAUGAUAGCUUGCUUCGCCGAUGUGGACUAGUCACUUGGUCAGUGAGAGCGAACGAAAUGUCUCAGAUAAGGGGGGAUGGCCAGUGGUGUGCGCGUGCUUCUGCUUCUUGUACAGUGCAAUUGCUGCAAUUCCUACCACCACCCAUUGUUCAUAAACUUUUGUGCUAUCUAUACUCGCGUCGUCAACUCAAAUCGCGCCAAAGUCUGGCAACACGUGGCUUCGACCAAACAGCCACCUCACUAGGCGCCAAAGUUCUGCUCUGCUUUGUAUAGUCUCAAGGAAGAAAUUUUCGA